UGUGCGCUUGGUCCAGCAGCUUGUACUUUGGGCUAUAGAUGGGCGAACAGUUAUAGCUGCACUCUUUGCAAGUUUAAGAUUUAUGCAGAUAAUUCAACGUAUGGUUGCUUCUCACCUCACGGGACUUUUUAUUUCAGUUCAAAUUAGAUGUGUGCGUUUCUGGGAGCGAACAAGUGUAUUUUAAACGGUGCGUAACAGUCGUUUCUUUCUCAGCUCCAUCAGUAACAUUUGGUUUCCCUAACGAGACGCUGCAUUUGGAGGAAGGACAUCUAACAGUGGAUAAGAUGACAGCGAUCAGAAUGGUUUCAUCAGUGCUACUGCUGGUGUUGGUGCAGUCCGGAGGUCUUUGCGCACGGAGGUUCCGGGGUGGCCGUAACCCACAACCACGACGGGCACCGCCUAAUCCGACAUACCGGGCAGAUCGGGGUGACACCACAGAGAGCUUCCCUUUGGAUUUCACCGCCGUGGAGGAAAACAUGGAUAACUUCAUGACACAAGUCAAGAAUCUUGCGCAAUCCCUGUACCCGUGUUCAGCGCAGAAGCUGGACUACGACAUGAAGCUGAAUUUUUUGGAGAAUACAUCAGUCACCUGCAACGACGGAAGUCCUGCGGGAUACUACCUGAAAGAAUCUAGAGGCAGCAGACGGUGGCUGAUAUUCUUAGAGGGUGGCUGGUACUGCUUCAACAAGGAGAACUGUGAUAGCCGAUAUGAGACCAUGAGGAGACUGAUGAGCUCGUCCAAAUGGCCACAAACUAAAACAGGCACGGGGAUCCUGUCUCCUCUGCCUGAGGAAAACCCUCACUGGUGGAAUGCCAACAUGGUGUUCAUCCCAUACUGCUCCAGUGAUGUAUGGAGUGGUGCUACAGCCAAAACAGAUCAAAGUGGCUAUGCCUUCAUGGGCUCACUGAUCAUUCAGGAGGUCGUGAAAGACCUGUUAAACAAAGGUCUGGAUAAUGCCAAGGUCCUCCUACUAGCAGGAAGCAGUGCUGGUGGUACUGGGGUUCUGCUGAAUGUGGACCGUGUGGCAGAGCUACUGGAGGGAUUAGGGUACACUGGGAUACAAGUUCGAGGUUUGUCUGAUUCUGGCUGGUUCCUGGACAACAAGCAGUACCACUGCACCGACUGUGUGGACACUGUCGGCUGUGCUCCCACUGAGACCAUCAAGAGAGGCAUCAAGUAUUGGGGAGGAGUGGUACCAGAGAGGUGCAAGCAGACCCAUGCAGCAGAGGAGUGGAACUGUUUCUUUGGAUACAGAGUCUUCCCAUCAAUAAAAAGCCCUGUCUUUGUGGUGCAGUGGCUUUUUGAUGAGGCCCAGCUGACAGUGGACAACAUCCAGCUAACAGGCCAGCCUGUGCAGGAAGGCCAGUGGCGCUACAUCCAAAACCUGGGCAUAGAGCUGAGGAACACACUCAAAGAUGUCCCGGCUAUGUUCGCUCCAGCAUGCCUCUCUCAUGAAGUUAUUACCAGAAAUUACUGGAUUGAUGUGCAGGUGAAAGGCACCUCCUUGCCCCGAGCACUGCACUGUUGGGACCGGAGCCUCCACGACAACAGGAACAACAAGGCUCCACCCAAAGGUUGCCCUGUGCAUUUGAUUGACAGCUGCCCAUGGCCACACUGCAACCCCACCUGUCCGACCAUUCGAGACCAGUUCACAGGACAGGAGAUGAACGUCAUUCAGUUCCUCAUGCACAUGGGCUUUGAUGUGCAGAAGAUGGCCCAGCAGCAGGGUAUGGACCCCAGCAAGUUACUGGGCAUGCUCAGCAGCGGCAGCUAAAGGGACAUGCACACUCAGUAUCUCCAAGCU